AUGGAUCUCAUUUCUAUCCUAGCUUACUGGACAGACGUUCUCUUGCUGAUCUUUCUCAAGAGACAACCGCCUUCGAUUUUACAGGCAUUGGCUUCAAUGCGCUUACUACGGUUUCUAGUCAUGACGGAAGGAACAGCUGUUAUUAUGAAAUCACUCAGAUGGAGUUAUGAAAUGCUUAAAAAUGUUAUGGGGUUCUUUAUAUUUUUCUUGCUUCUGUUUUCGUUGGUAGCUUUAUUUGUGUUUAUGAAUGCAUUUAAUCGACGAUGUGCCAUAAUGCCCCCUACACCUCUAGAAAAAAACAUGACAGGCAUUCAGUUUGUGGAGCCUCGUAUAUCAUGUAGCGGGUACAUGUUGAAUACCACAAGAAGGGGCGUUUACGAUAUCGAUCUCGGUCAACAAUACGAGACCACCAACACCGGACUCUUUUGUCAGCAAGGCCAAGUCUGCAUACAGGGAACCCAAAACCAACCGGGAUAUCAUCACAUGAGUUUUCAAAACAUCUUUUACGCCAUGUUAAAUAUCAUGACCGUUAUCUCGACCGAAGACUGGACGGAUUUAAUGUACAUGACUCAAGAAAGUGUCUCCGAGUGGGCUUCCUCUCUUUUCUAUUGCGCUUGUAUUUACCUUAUGACGUUCAUGAUUGUGCCCUUAUUUAUCGCUGUCAUCACCACCUCGUUCUCCCGCACACGUGGAGAUAAUCUAAUACAACAUAGUGCAUUUGCUUCGAAACAUGUUCUAUUGACAGUCAAAAAAACAUCACAACAGCAUCAGCAGCAUUUGAAGCAUGAUGGCGAGGAGUGGAUUUAUAUCAACCCUGUACAGAAAUUAAGGGGAACCCAUCGUCAUACCUUAUUUAUGUACCUUGGUAGUCUUUUGGUGCUAGUGCAUGUCAUAUGUAUGACAUUUUAUCAUGCUCAUUUAUCAGAGAGGGAUACUUCCAGGUUAGACACGGUAGAUCAACUAUUUACUUGGCUAUUUGCCGUGGAGAUACCCAUUCGUAUCUAUUAUGCUGGUGGAACCAAGUUUUGGAAAGGGACAAGGAAUAAAGUUGAUACAUGUAUUGCGGUAGCUACUGUCUCCGAUGUAUUGCUUGGAAAACAUGGCAAUUAUCAUAUCUACUUGCUUGUAUUUUCUGUCACUCGGUCUUACCGUAUCGCUUAUUUAUUUCCCGGUGUCGUCAAGCUGCUUGUAUACGUGAUUGGAGACGGACAAGGUAUUCGAAAUUUAACAUUUUUCACUUUUCUCGUGAUUAGUUUGUUAGCACCUAUUGCUGUACAAUUAUUAGGAGGGGAUUUCGGGUUUGUUAAAGAGGAUGAACCGUCAAUGCGAUUUGAUAAUUCUUAUCAAGCCUUUUUAGCUAUCUUUCAGAUUAUGACGGGAGAAAAUUGGACAGAUAUAUUGUAUGAUUCUAUGCAUAGUCAAGAACAUGAUUCUGUUACAUGUGCUGCUCUUUUCAUUGUGUUUAUCUACUUUGUAGUCCACUAUAUGGUGCUGAACCUGUUUAUUGCCGUGAUUAUGGAAAACUUUGAUUUGGAUGAAGAAGAUAUUAAGCAAAUACAAAUCAAAAAAUAUAUUCGUGAGCAUCGAUGGAAACCUGAAUACUUUAAAAUGGAUUCCAUUAGCAGAUUUCUGUUGCCAUUGUUUGUUUUACAAGAUGAACGAAAACUUCACAUGAAAAAUUUACCCCCACAUCUCGUGUCGCAUGUCACAGCAUCAACAUUUAAAAAGUUUUUGACAGUACCGCAACAAUAUAAAAGCUAUUCGAAAAAAAUAACGCCUCGUUUACUGCAAAGACGUCGAAGCUCCAGCCUAUCACAAUUCAGUAUUAAAAGUUUAGUCAUUGAUCCAAUACCAUAUGCAAGUACAGAUUAUGAAGAACCCCAUAUUAAAUACGGCGAUGAAUAUGAAUUCAAUGUAGCGCGCGAAAACAAGGCAGUCAUUAUUAAUAACCUCCAAUUGUUUCGAUCCAUGGGCAUUUUAAAGAACGAUAACCAAGUUCGUAAAUUCUGUACCAACCUGAAAGACAGCGUGUCUUACAACCGAUUUAUCUGUACGUGCAUUUGUCUCAGCACCUUACUGGCCUUGUGGGCAGAUGAAUCCAAUCGAUUGUUACAUCCAGUCAUCAUAUCCACCUUGAUGGAACCCAUUCAAACCACCUUGUUGAUAGUCUACUUUCUCGAUGUUCUUGUUCAUAUGGCGGCAGAUGGCGUAUUCAUGUUGCCCAAAUCGUACCUUCGAAACGCAUGGAAUUUAUUUGACCUGAUGAAUUUGGUUUCUCAAGUGAUUUUCACAGUCCAAACUGGGUAUUCAAGUUAUUUAAGAAUACUGCGUACGCUACGUUCCAUUCGUAUCGUGUAUUAUAUUCAGGGAACACGCAUGAUUUUUUUGGAUCUGGUCCAUGGGUUGCCCAAAAUGAUGAAUGCAGUGACCUUGAACCUGUUGGUGUUUGUACCGUUUGCAAUCUACGGCUGUUAUUUAUUUAGCGGAAAAUUUGCGUUAUGUAAUGAUGAAAAUGCGGGAUCCAUCCGUGAUUGUGAGGGUGAAUUUCAAUCGUCUGAGGAGGAUAAUUUCAAUAUCUUGUUACCGAGAGUGUGGAAAAAUCCAUAUGAUUAUUCCUUCGAUACUUUUGGAGAGUCACUUUUGCAUCUCUUUGAAUGUGCUUCUGGUGAAGGCUGGAUCAUGUCCUUGUUCUCUGCUAUGAGUGUACCUAAUACAUUAACAGAUCAACCAAAAUUCAGUUGGUCGUCAUCCUCUAUUUUUCAUUCCAUUUUUUACAUUGUCUUUAUGUUUGUGGCCUCACUUUGUUCUAUCCAGCUAUUCAUUGGAGUAUUUCUAGACAUAUUCAAACAACGAAGCGGUAUCUUUGCCUUGACAAAUACACAACGCCAAUUCCGAGACUUGCAAAGACAAUUGGCAUUAGUCAAACCUUCUUUGAAAGCUAUAAGGCCAGAGAACCCAAUUAGAGCUAGCUUUUAUGACUUGGUCAUUCAAAAACGGGGGCCAUUUGCCCGUUUCAUGGUGGCUGUGAAAAUGUUUUUAGUGGGUAUUGCGUUUCGUUUAGCUCAACGUUGCGAGUCCUUGGAUACUUUGUUUCGAUCUAUCAGACGUGCAGUUCCUUCUAUAUUUUAUGUGUCUACCGUAUUUGCAAUUGUAAUCCUAUGUUUUGGUGUUACCUUUCAGGAACAUUUCUCAUCUACGCGAUAUGGACCUUAUGGAAACGAGCAUGCUAAUUUUCGAUCAUUGUACACCACCAUUUUAACAUUAUUUCGAAUUACUACCGGAGAAAAUUGGGAUUUUCUAAUGCAUGAUUUUACAAUCUUACCUCCAACUUGUGUCGGAAAAGAUGAUUGUGGAGCUCCCACGUAUGCUAUUGUAUUAUUUAUCAGUUUUUACGUUAUUUGUACCUUUAUCUUUGUCAACCUUUUCACUGCGAUUGUAAUUGAUAAUUUCUCGUUUACGUUUGACACAAGAAACCGGUUUUCGUUAAUCACUAGAGCAGAUCUGCGAUUAUUUAAAGUAGCAUGGGCCGACAUUGAUCCAACCGCAUCUGGAUAUAUAAGCAUCAAAGAUAUUCCUCGGUUUCUAAGUAGCUUAAAUGGAGCACUAGCUGUUCGUAUCUAUGAGAAACAAUACAGUUUGAAAAGUUUACUAGAUGCCAGUAACCAAGUAGACACAGACUCAAGUCAUCUCACAAUUGUACCUCUACCUGAAUAUCAACAAUCAUGUAAUAUGUUGACAGAUCGUUAUUUCAAUCUGCACGCCUUAAGCCAAGUAUUAGCCAGUAUCGAUCCGAAUACCAUUCAAGAGCGAAAACGACAGUAUACGUUAAUUUAUCAGGAAAUUGUGAAUUCAGCUUCUCAUAGGGGUGUUUCGUUUCACGACAUGCUUGAGAUUUUAGCCAUUCAAUUAGUAGACAUUUCGAAAUCUUUGACGUUUGUCGAACUUGUAAAUCGAGCUAGAGUUCAAGACAAAAUUAGCAAGGAUUUAGCGGCGGAAAGGGCCAGGGGAUUAAUUGCCAUGUUGGUCCAACGUAGAAAAUUUCUCAAAGCCAGACAAAAGCCCAAGCUAAAAAGAGUCAAAAGUAGUAGUAGUGCAAUCGUUAUCAGCCAUUGGCUAACACCUACAUCUGAUCAAAAAAGCGAAACCUCUCAUACAUCUUUAUCCUCAUCUGGAAAAGCUCAUAGUUUAUAUAAAAUGAGGAAGGAAAAUGGUAAUGAAACAUAAUUACAAGUAAUCCAUUUAUCCUCUUUUUUAUUGAAAUUUGACAACCCCAUUUCCAUUGAUAGUCCCAACCAUUGUUGUAGAUCCAUCUUCACACAAUGCAGAUUCAUUUUUUCAUCAGAAUCAUGUACAGGAACAUAUGCUACAAGUGCCUCAUGCCACACCCAUGAGUGACAGAAAAAUUCAUAAAAGGGAUACAGUUCCUGAACCUGCCACUCUUUCCACAUAUACGAGCAGUCAGUCUUCAUCAAUUUCAAGUGAAGAUGACUUCUUGCCAAGGAAGUCUAUAGAUUCGACCAAGAAACCCAUAUUCUUUAUCGACACUUCUGCUGAAGAAGUCAUUUCUCCUAUGGAUAAAGAUGAGGCUGUUUUUACGUAUUAUUAUACGGUCGAUAGAGCCAUGGAUAAAAUGACAAGUCCGGAUGCCGAAAAAAUUUUAUGUGAAUUUCAGAAGAGUCAAUGGUCAAGUAAGUAAAAAAGAAAGG